CUUCUUGUUCCAACUUGAAGCAGACAGGUCGCGGCCUUCAGGUUACCCUGACUCGCAAGGUUUCGCAAUGCCCGGAGAACCAUCGCGGUCGACUCUUAUAGAUGUAACGAACCAACAAUUACAUUCCUUCCUGUCUGGCAGACUCGAGGGCUCGUCCCCAGACCAAUUGUGUGACAUCAUAUCUGCCCGUUCCUUGCAACUUCGAAAUGUCGCCAAACCUUAUGGACGGCCCACACCGGCGUCACGAAAAGCGGUCGAGGCUGGCUCAGUCACGCUCACGGAUGGUGUUGUGUUGCAAGUCGACGAAGUCGAGAGGGAGUUCACACUUGCAAUUAGUGCUCGGUUCGGGAUCGACGAAAUUCAGGCUUUUGUUCUCCUUCGAUCAUUUCUAUAUAAUGAAGGUCUUUCAAAUAACGGAGGCUCAACCGAUAAAGGCGUUGUGGACGAGCUCAUCGCAGCUAUCACGCCAUUCUACUACUCCGAACGCCUCUUCGUAUUGCGCGCCCUCAUUCCACUGUUCCGUGCCCACGAAAACACUGGCGACUCAAUCCAUGCCGUUGCCACGAAGUGUCUUCCCAGAAUCCUACAAGACAGUCGUCAAUUCGCACUCGACCUCAUAACAGAAUAUCUUCACAAAACGGAAAUGGACAUCCCAGAGGUUUUGCAUGCCGAUGCACGUAUCGCCUCUCGUUGGGCUAAACAGAACAUGAAGGAGCAACUCGUGACGCUAGAGGUGCUCUUUUGGACAGUCUGGGGGUAUGUUCCUUGCGAUGGACCUUUGGUUGUUCGAAUAUUUGAAGCUGCUUACAACACGAACCUUGGCUCCUCGCAGAAAAACUCGACCCUUUUAUUAGAUGAUGAAGGCAAUCAACUGCAGCAUGAUUGCGCGGCGUUAUGGAUACUUGUCACUGUAGAGGUCCUCGAGCUGGAGAGGGUGGCAGAGGAUGGAGGAAUAGAGAUUUCGGCAACUCCUUCUGACAAAACGUUCUAUCCCUCUUCGCCAGAGUCGCUCAGGCGGAUUCAUGAGAUCGUGACAUCCAACCUGUCCAGCCAGCACGCGUGCACACACCUAGCAUGGGCCUUCGUUCUGUCGCGGUUGACCUCAAAAGCUGGUCAAUUGAAAGAGACUCCAGAAUCGUAUCGCGGGUUUUUAGACUCCCUGCAUCCGCACCACAAUCGCUCUAAGGAAAGGGAGCCAUCGCAUGUACUUAUGGCACGGGCAGCUUUCAGUCCUGAAGCCGGACUUUUCAAGCUCUUGUUGACUCUCCUUACUACCUCCCCAUUGUUUGUUACCUCCGUUGCUUGGAAGACAGGGUCGACUGUAACCGACCCAAAUGCUAUUGCAUUCCGCUCUGUACUCAAAGGCUUUGUCAUUGCAAUGGUUGAAUUGGUCCCUGUUGAACUCAUUCCCGACUUCGACUCUUUGGUCGAAUGUCAAUCUAUAGCAGGGAUAUGCCGACAAUUUUGGCAAUCGGAUUGGCGGCAGGGCCUUGCACGUCGCGCCAUAUUUGAUGUUGCACGAACACGCUUCCCAAUUCACUUCCGGCCGCUCAUCCGCCUUCUUCGAGCAAUGACUGCGUCUGGAUUCAUUGAUACCGAUCCACUAUCCACUGCGGCAUCGUCCAGCCAACCUCCUGCUGACGAAAGUGAUGAUGGUGACCGUGAGAUCUGUAGUCGACAUUUGCCUACUUUCUCGCUGGUCAUCCCCCUGGCAUCUUGCACUGCACAGGCUGCCGGUCCAUCCUUCGCAUACACAAACCUACGCUCCGGUCGGCUGUUGAGUGGGGAUGGUGGGGAUCAUAUUGCAGUCGGAUGGAAGGUGUACGUAACUCGGCGGAGGAUGUAUACGGGCACCGUGGACCUAUACCAGGACGUUGCCUUCGGCCGUACCGGCCCUGGAUCUAUUCCUUUGACGCUAAGGCUUGAAGACGUCGGGAUGGAGAUUGAUGAGGGGGGCGAUGAAGCACUCGCGACAGAUGCUCUUGACCUCAUUCGCAGCCUGGCGGAAGAGCUAUUGGAGUCUCUCGAGAGCGGUGGUGACCCUAAUAAUUCUUCGGACAAUCAGCCGCCCGACCUCGAAGCCCUCAGUCGCUCACAAGCUCGAAGUUUUUCGCGAACUCAGCUAAUCACAUCUGCAAUGAGCGUUCUAUCAGCACUAUUAUCCUUGCCAAAAUACUCUCUGCGUGUAUGGCUCUAUAUCCGUUCAACCAGCGUGCUGUUUGGCCCUAGUCGUACGUCAGGUUUCGCGGCAGUCGCUCUUCCAGCAGAGCGGAUCUCUGGUCAUUAUACAAUGACUCUCGCAUUGCUCAAUCUCGUCCAACAACUCCUCCAUGAAGCGUUUGCGUCCGUGCUCACAAUUCCACUUGACAAUCAACGCCUUAAACAAGUGAAAGAGGAAGUUCUACUCCGAGCAGCAGUGUUCGUCCAUGGGGAGAUAUGGUAUGCCCAGCUUGGCGACAGGUUCGAGAUUGGACGACGACAAUCUCCUCCUGCUUUGGGCGAUCGUCCCUUCCCUGCCUUAAGCCAAGCUGCCACGACGUCAACUAUCAAUCCACUUGUAUCAUCGAUAGCGGUUGCCCCCCACAUCCUCAGCACCCUCUACGCUUCCCGACGCUAUGGCGAUGCCAGACGUCUGAUCUACCUGCUGGAGUCACACCUCAGUCUCACUAGGCUAGUCCUUAGCUACAAGCAGUCCAUUCCCUAUUCCUCGAAACCGUGUCUUCUAGAGCAAGCUCUGUGCGCGCGGGUAGCAGGAGGCGCUGGGUUCACGGAUUCCACGAGAUCCAGGAUAGAUCCCGUCGACGUCCUGGCAAAUUAUGUUAAAGGGCGGGAUAUCGGGACAGCUGUUCCGCUAGAGUCGAUCAGAGUUCUUUAUGCUCUCUGCGCAUCCUUGUCUGUGACUCAGCCCUCGCCUGCGACAAUCAUCGGUCAUCUCUCGAAUCCAGAGGCCACUGUUGCAUCGUUCGUGCGAAUUGUACAGCACCCGUACGAGGAUCUCGCACUGCGCAAUGCCGUUUGGAACUUCAUAGCCCUUGCCGUUGAUAAGGAACCAGCAUUAGCCAACCUCUUCGUUACAGGACAAUUCCGGAUUCCGAACAACAAAAUCAAGAGCAAGGAGAAUGCUAAAUCGCAAGGAGAGGAUGAUUCGAAGAAGCACAUGAGCGCCCUCGAAGUUGCUAACGAAACGCUCACUCGGUGGACAGACUUGUGGGAGGCCAAUCCCCAACUCUUAGCAUCGGUGUUUCGCUUCAUUUACGUCGUGUGGCAACACGGGCUUGAACACAAAAAUCUCAUCGAUACUACUCGUGGUAAUGACGAGUUUUGGACCAAUGUGGUUGCUGUUGUUAAAGAGGAGCUCGGUCCCGACCCUGACUAUGAGACAGAGACAUUCAUCAUAUUGGACGACGAGCGCCGAUCAAGUCUCCACGAAGCAGUAUCUGUUCAGUCGUAUCGCAACAUGGUGAAGUCAUAUGCUGUGCGUGUCAUUGGACAGGACAUCUUCCUUCAGCCACAGCCUAGGUCCUGUGAGCCCGCGAAGAAGCCCUUGAGUUACAGCAAGCUAGCUCCAUCAUUCAAGUCCGAAGAUCAACUCAAUGAAUUGAUAUUAGAAGCAAAGAGCACAUCGUAUGACCCCAGUCUUUCUGAUAAACUCGGCGCGCAGCUUCAGCAGGACUUCCCGGGCCUCUCCCUUACUCACCUACAGUCGCAGGAUCUCAGCGACGAGCGGCAGUUUGGCGAUGACUUCAUGUUCUCCAUAGCACUUCUUCGCAGUCGUAUGCAACAAUGCCUGUCGGGUGAUGAUAGGGCAAAUGCAGUGGAAGAAGUGGAAAAAAGAAUCGCGUCUUUGAAUCUCAAUCUCUCCCUCACCUACGCUCAGACGGCUUUGACGGAGUCGUGGCAGUUCCUUUUGCAUCAAGUGCUGCCAUUUGUGCGGCCGGUGCCAGAGAUCCGUUCGAACCUGCUAUCACUCUCUGCCACGAUAUCCGGAGACCUAGCUUUGGAGAAAAGAUCGGGAGACAUGAUGGCGAAACUCCAUGGCACGCGACUCAAUUUGUUGCUAUCAAUUCUCGAAGUGGCACAACCUCCUUCUCAGUCAUUCCUGGGACAAUUAUCCGUGCCUUUCCAUCAAAUCCUGCUCCAGGUCAUCUACUUCUGUGUUCGCCAGUGCCGGAAUCUUGCCAGGCGACCUAAGGUCCUCACCGCUAGCAGGCGCAUUGCCAUUUCUGGCUUGGUGGACGCAACGCUUCCACUACUACUGGUUGCAGUCUUCGAGCAAUGCACGCGUCCUGAUAUCAACGUCUCGUCUGUAACAUGGUUGACUCGAUGUCAAGAAACGGAUGUCAUCAAAUCAAGCUUGGAGUUACUCACUCGGACAGAUGUGAUCGGCCUCACAGAUCUGCCCCUGCUGCGCACACGCAGGCAACCUUUGUACGCGCCUCACAUCCUCCUAUUCCACAUGGCUGUAGUAAGCAUAUCAUCCGGGGCUGAAAGAUUCGCCAGCGAAGGCAUCAUUUCGGCAUAUAGUAACAACGGGAUUAGCCUUGCGGCAAGCUCGGGGCAAAUCGAUGUUGUGUUGCCUGAGCUUCCUGGAGAGAGGAGCCCAGCACACAAGACAUACUGCUCGAUGAUAGCCAUAGUUUCUGCCAUUGUCUCUGCCCUUAAGCGGCAACACCACUUCUUCGACGCAGAGGCCUGCGGAUUCGUACAGCUGUAUGGCAAGCAGAUUAUCCGGGCGCUGAGCUGGAGUGUCGGUGAUCCGAUUACAUUACCAUUGUUAGAGGAGAUGGAACAGGUCGUUGGCCUCUUUUAUGCGCUUGCGGAGAGUGCUCCUCCUACUGCCUCCCCAAACCCGGCAGUCGUCAAGGUCCUACGUGUGUUCACGACCCACGCGCUCAUGCUCCUUCAGCAACUCAACUACGCAUUGACGCACCCUAAUCACAUCGCCAGUCUCUUGGAACCGGUGACUGCGGAAGAGCGUGCGUUACUGGAAAAGGAGCCUACCGCCGCAUCUUCCCUGUUAUCAGUGGACAUGGCCGACCUGCAGAAACAUCCGUUGACUGCACGUCUCGUUCAUCGGUUAUUUAGGCUGUCAAGCUCCGUGGUGUCUACGCUGAUUAGCAUCAGCCGAGCGUAUGACGUUCUUCUUGGUGAACAAGAAGAAUGGCCCGUUCAAGAAGCAGUGGUAGUUCCUCAUUCCAAGGUGGUGCCGGGGGAACCAGCAUCUUUGGGGACCUUGCUUGAACUCGCGAACUGCACCCUUGAUGUCCUACGACACCUCGUCGAUCGCCCAGCAGGUCAGGCCAUCGCCCCCCCUGCGUCCCUCAAAGAUACGCCGCUUGAUGUGCAGGAAGGCAUGCUGACAGCCCGAAAGACAGUGGAAGCAUUGCUCGUGUAUGCGGCAACGCAGCUUGCGAUGUGGCUCUCGAAGCCAGAAUUUGACGCUGCUGAAAUGGACUCGGAGGAUCACAUUCCACAAACCAUGGAUAUGCGAGAAAGUUCAAAAAGACCAUCUAGGGCACUCACAGACAGAAUCAGGAGGGGAAUGCCGGGAGAGAUGGCGACGGAUUUGGAGAAGUUAUUGAAGCAAGCGAAGCCUAUUCUGCAAAAGAGCGUCGAUGACAACAGAAAUGUCAAGGGGGAUCUCACGCAGGUGCUGCUUAGGUUUAUGAGUGAGUGGGUAAUGACCACGCCGUCGUAGAUGGGUUAGGUGCUAUGCAGAUGUAUCAAAAGUAACAUUAUAUUUUUCCCAUUGCCAAUUUGUCCUAGAGGUGAAUAAAACCAUC